CAGAGGAUAAAUAGCAGCUUUGCCUCCCUGGCUCUUCUCUGCAUCCUCCCCGCUUGCCCAACAAUAUGCAUCUUGCCCGUUUGCUCAGCUCCUGCUCCCUCCUGCUGCUACUGGGGGCCCUGCCUGGAUGGGCGGCCAACAAUGACCCCAUUGAGAAGGUCAUUGAAGGGAUCAACCGAGGGCUGAGCAGUGCAGAGAGAGAGGUGGGCAAGGCCCUGGAAGGCAUCAACAAUGGAAUCACUCAAGCUGGAAGGGAAGUGGAGAAAGUUUUUAAUGGACUCAGCAGCAUGGGGAACCAGGCCGGCAAGGAGCUGGACAAGGGCGUCCAGGGGCUCAACCACGGCUUGGACAAGGUAGCCCAUGGAAUCAACAAUGGCGUCGGACAUGCAGGAAAGGAAGCAGAGAAGCUUGCCCAUGGGGUCAACUAUGCUGCUGGACAGGUUGGGAAGGAGGCAGACAAAGUGAUUCAGGGGGUCCAUCAUGGGGUCAACCAGGUGGGAAGUGAUGCAGGGAGGUUUGGCCAGGGGGCCCACCAUGCUGCCGGGCAGGCUGGGAGCGAGGCAGAGAAGUUUGGGCAGGGGGCCCACCAUGCCGCUGGGCAGGCUGGGAAAGAGGCAGAGAAGUUUGGGCAGGGGGCCCACCAUGCCGUGGGGCAGGCUGGGAAAGAAGGAGAAAAAAUAGUCCAGGGAGUCCAACAUGGAGUGAAUCAGGCUGGGAAGGAGGCAGAGAAGUUUGGGCAGGGGGCCCACCAUGCCGCUGGGCAGGCUGGGAAAGAAGGAGAAAAAAUAGUCCAGGGAGUCCAACAUGGAGUGAAUCAGGCUGGGAAGGAGGCAGAGAAGUUUGGGCAGGGGGCCCACCAUGCCGCUGGGCAGGCUGGGAAAGAAGGAGAAAAAAUAGUCCAAGGGGUUCAUCAUGGAUUGAAUCAGGCUGGGAAGGAGGCAGAGAAGUUUGGUCAGGGGGUCCACCAUGCCGUGGGGCAGGCUGGGAAAGAAGGAGAAAAAAUAGUCCAGGGGGUCCAACAUGGAGUGAAUCAGGCUGGGAAGGAGGCAGAGAAGUUUGGGCAGGGGGUCCACCAUGCCACUGGGCAGUUUGGGAACGAGGCAGAGAAGUUUGGGCAGGGGGCCCACCAUGCCACUGGGCAGUUUGGGAACGAGGCAGAGAAGUUUGGGCAGGGGGCCCACCAUGCCACUGGGCAGGCUGGGAAAGAAGGAGAAAAAAUAGUCCAAGGGGUUCAUCAUGGAUUGAAUCAGGCUGGGAAGGAGGCAGAGAAGUUUGGUCAGGGGGUCCACCAUGCCGUGGGGCAGGCUGGGAAAGAAGGAGAAAAAAUAGUCCAGGGGGUCCAACAUGGAGUGAAUCAGGCUGGGAAGGAGGCAGAGAAGUUUGGGCAGGGAGUCCACCAUGCCAUUGAACAGGCCGGAAAGGAGGCGGGUAAAGUGGGUCAAGGGGUCCAUGAUGGGGUCAACCAGGCCGGCAAGGAGGCAGAGAAAUUGGGCCACGGGGUCAACCACGCGGCUGGCCAGGCUGGAAAGGAAGCGGAGAAACUUGGCCAAGGUGUCCACCACGCUGCAGGCCAGGCCGGGAAGGAGGAGGACAGGUUGCAGCAGAAUGUUCAUAAUGGGGUCAACCAAGCCGGCAAGGAGGCCAACCAGCUGCUGAAUGACGGUCAUCCAGGCGGAUCCACCGCCCAGCACGGAGGGGCCGCAACCACAACCUUAACAUCUGGAGCUUCGGUCAACAAGCCCUUCAUGGCCUUGUCAGCCCUGUGGAAGAGCGUCACCAGCAUCAUUCCCUAAGCUGAUGAACUGGCCUGGUUGAAGAGACUGACAUUCCUAUUGUCAUAUCCGCUGAAGUGACCUGAAGGAGCUGGGGCACGCAGGGCGGGGUUGGGGGGGUCGGGGAAGGGAAGGGGGAGGAUGGAUUUCUAGAGUCCCUUGGGGACAAUACUGAGACUUAUGAAUAAAUACAACAGUCUGUACAA